CCUAAAACAACCUGGAUUUUUCGCCGAAUAAGCUCUCCUAAUCAAUUAUCUCAAUAUGGAUGGCGAUUUGGUCAAGACAACAAGCAAGCUCAAUGAUCGCGUCGAGCGUCUUCUGACCCGGCAGAAGCUCUCAGGUCCAACACAACGAAUCUUGAUUGCGUUGGCUGGCGUACCAGGAUCGGGCAAAACCACCAUCUCUGAUGCCUUGAUCAGGGAGCUGAAGAAAAGCGGCAUUCUCGAUGUCGCAGUACUUCCAAUGGAUGGAUUCCAUUAUACUCGUACCACUCUCUCUUCCUUCCACGACCCUGACCAAGCCUUUCGAAGGCGAGGCGCGCCUUUUACAUUCAAUGCCGCCGCCUUAUUAGAUCUCGUGGUGUUACUCAAGACGACACCUGUGACAACAGAUGACGAGCCGCAAACCAUCAUUAAAGCGCCGGGGUUUGACCAUGCGAGAAAAGACCCAAUCCCCGAUGCCAUUGAGAUUUCUUCACGGGCCAAAGUUGUUAUCAUCGAAGGCAACUACGUACUCUUGGACCAAGAGCCUUGGAGCCGCAUUUCCACAUUGGUAGAUGAUAAGUGGUUUGUAGAUGUGCCAGUUGAUAUCGCACGGGAGCGCUUAGCAUCACGACACCUAAGAGCCGGAAUCGAGACGACAAUAGAAACAGCGAUCAAGCGGGCGGACGAAAACGAUAUACCGAACGGAGAAUACAUUAGAUCCCAUCUCAUCGAACCCAAUGUGCGCAUUAUAAACUGAUGAUUCUAAGAAAUCCAUUCACUGCGGAAAGUUGGGCCAGUCUGGCCAGCCAAGAACGCUGGCAAACUCGUCAGCAGAUGCUGCUGGCCACGUCGAAAAGUCCAUUAGCAUAGGAUCCAGCUGGACAUUUGCCCAAUCCCCCGUGUUCAAGAGAGGGUCUGGCAGCAUGACGUCGAUAAUGUUGGCGCAGCGAGUCGCGAGCUCAUUGUCCACAAAUACAUCUCGGAAGAUGCGACGGACCGUGUUGACAUCCUCCUGCCACUUGGGCAUGUCUGGUGAUUCCGAGUUACUGAGGAUAGCAAGGAUGAUGACCAGGGAAGCGUGGAAUGUAAAAUAGCUAGAGAAGUCAACCUCAUCCUACAGACUUGUGAGGAAUGACUCACAUUGAAUACCAAGUCACAAGCCUGGUUCUCUGUCUCUCCCUUGUAUGCUGAUCGAUCGAUGCUAUCGUCGCACUCGCAGCGCGCACCGCAAUGUUCAUGCACCUUUCAUCAGCCUCACUGACUGGUGCUGUCAUGUUAGAAUUACUUGUCCCAAUUGCCCGCUUGAGAAAUAACUGGCGGAAGAUGAUGAUCUUGAGAUUCCAGAAGCGCCACCAGAGACGUGACCUGUUGAAAUAGAAUGUAGGCUCAGCUGAGCGGACAUCGUGUUCCAGCCUCAAGUACUCCGGCAAUGUGCUGGACCAUUUGUCCAAUGUUGCAUCCAUGAAUAGCGCGUCUUCCGGUGCCACACAUGACGAUGAGAGCAGACGAUUGGAGAUGUAGUUGGACUUGACAUGUAGCUCGCUCUGGUACUUCAUGCCUGAGUACAGCGUCGGCCUGCUUACCUCUUCUGGCGCAAGUUCUGUUACACU